AUGGCCCUGGUGAGGUUCAAGGAAUUGGGGGAAGAUGAACUGAACUUAGAAGAAGAGAACCUAGACAGCGUCAAGGCCUUGACAACAAAGUUGAAGCUACAGACACGGCGCCCAUCUUACCUAGAAUGGAAGGCCCAUGUGCAAAGCCCCUCCUGGAGAAAUGGGCUGCGGGCUGAAGCGCUGAAGACCCACCUGGAGAAGCAGGGCGAAGAGGCAGUGGGAGAAGAGAAUCAAGCCCAGGGAUCCUUGAAGUCUGUUUGUGGAUUCCCCACCAUUGGUAUGGCCUUUGAAUGGCUUCGGAUGGAACUGAGGAAGAUGCAGGCCCUGGACCACCAGCUGGCACGGCAGCUGAUGGGGCUGCGGGCCCAGAUCCACCAGCUGAAGGUGGAGCAGGCCUGCCAUCGCCACAAAGAGAUGCUGGAUGACGCCACCUUCGAACUGGAGGGCUGCGAGGAGGACUCGGAUCUGCUCUGCAACAUUCCCCCCAAGAUGGCCUUCCUCUUGUCUACCCCUCUCAAGCACAUUGGAGUCACCCGCAUGAAUAUAAACUCCCGCCGUUUCUCCUUGUGCUGAUGGACCUUCACCCCUUUGCAUGCUUGCUUGGCGCUUGUGGCUGUUCGCAACCAGGGAGUAUCUUGGCCCCCAUUGCCUGCACCUGUAGAUUUUGUGCCCGUGUAGAGCAACCGGUGUCUCACCUGGCUGAUCUCCUCUGGGCUCAGGAACAUAUCCGGACAGGCAACCUCAGGGAGGUGAGCUGGGAGGCAAAACACAUCCUAGUAGAAAGUAGGGAAGUCUGGGGAACCGCCUGGAGCAGCCUUUCUUCAGGUGAGGCACCUCUCAGGGAGGGAAGUGCUGCUUCUUAGGAAAAAGAGAUGAAAAGCAGAGAGCAAUACGGAGCAAGAAGGACGAUUGGUGUCCUUUUGGUGAUUCACAGGCCUAAGGAGGGUCUGGGGUAGAACAAAUUCCAGUCUGCAGGUUCAGAGAAGGGCCAAUGCAUGCAUCAGCUGGCAGUGCAUGAAAAAAGGGGCAGAGUUCACAAACUGCAGAUUGACUUUUUUGACUUCUCUGCUGGCCAAGGAUGCAGGAGGCGCAAUGACCUCAAGGGGGGAAAAAUUGCUGGUCGACGUGUCUCUUUUAACUGGAAGGCUGAUCACCCCUUCACUCCUCCUCAUUUAUUUUGCCCAUGUAUGUUUUAAAAGCUUGCUUACUUUUUAUUGUAUGUCAGUUGAUGUGGCUUUGAGAAGCUGCAGUCAGCAAAACACUUU